CCUGUGCCUGUUUCCUCCCGAGGAAGCAGGCAGCGCUGACUGCCAUUCACGUUCAGAUAACCGUGGCGCAAGUUUUCCUCGGAAGGAAGCUCCACCGAGUUCAAGAAUGAGGUUUACUCCUAAGAAAAGGCAGGAAGUAUAAGCAAGGAGCUGUGCAGAUCUAAGGAGAAACUCUGCACCUGCUUUAAAUGCAGUUUUCAUUCUCAGAGAAGCAGCAAAGACCUGCCUCUGACCAAGCCUUUCUGAUGAGAAUGUUUUCACUUAGCCAAACAAAUCCUGCCGUCUUUCUUUGCUGAAACUUAACCUCCAUAAGAAUGCAGUGACUUAAAAAAGCAGAAAAAAUGUCGCAAAAGCAAAAAGAAGAAUUUAUAAGUAAUUUGAAUGGAACUACCUUGCUGGAGAUCUCCAUUGGCUUACCCCUAGCGUCAUUAUGCCUCCUUUCCAGAGGACUUCUGUUGAUCAUGUAUUUUCUCUGCUAUGGAAGACCACUACAGUCAAUGGUUGGCCAUUUUCUUCUAGACUUCACCAUCUUAGUUGUCCCGCCAGUGCUCUCAUGUACAAUUUUGGCUCCUGUCCUACCUUGGGUAAUGCUCUCCAUCACCGUAUUCUGUGUCAGCUUGGUUUUGAUCAUAUACAGUCGGAGGACCAAUUAUGUGAGAGUGCCACUUAAGCAAAUCAUAAGCGAUUUCUUAAGGACAAGCUUGGAACCAGAGUACAUUCCUUCGAUAACGGUGUUCCGAGUCUUUGUCAAUGUCUUGACAUCCAUCAGCAUUCUGGCUGUAGAUUUUCCACAGUACCCUCGGCGGUAUGCCAAAACGGAGACCUAUGGAACAGGGGUAAUGGAUUUUGGAGUGGGAUCAUUUGUUUUUGGGAAUGCUGUGGUUUGUCCAGAAGUCCGGCUGAAGCCUGGCAUGGCACAGCACAAAGUCUCUUACCUUGCCAGGCAGUUCUUUGCUGUGUGGCCUUUGCUGCUUCUUGGCUUUGGGCGGGUGAUGAGCAUCAAGGCCAUUGACUAUUACGAACAUGUCUCGGAAUACGGUGUGCACUGGAACUUUUUCUUCACUUUAGCCGUUGUACGGAUGGCUGCGUCAUUGCUUUUGGCUGUCUUCCCCGUGCACAGAGCAUGGUUAAUUGCAGCAACACUUGCUAUAGUCUAUGAAGGCUUCCUCAGCUUCACGCCUUUGAAGAUGUUCAUCUUGCAUGGAAGCGAUGGCCAAGAUUCAAGGGACGGGUUUUUCAAUGCCAACAGAGAGGGCAUAUUUUCUGUCAUCGGCUACCUAGCUGUUUACAUGGCUAGUGUGCAAGUAGGCUUAUAUUUGUUAAAGAAGAGGAGCUUGGUGAGAGAUUGGCUUGGCGUGAUCGGCUCUUUCCUGAUUGCAGUUUUCUUCCUCUUUAUCUGUCUUCAUGUAACGCAAACUCACAUAGACACCGUAUCCCGACGGAUGGCAAACCUCUCCUUUUGCAUUUGGGUCAUCGCUCACGGCCUGUUACUCUUUAGUUGCUUUUUGAUGGCUGAUCUUGUGCUGGUGUUUGGAAAGUUUCUGGUGGCUGGGGCUAGCAUUCCUUGCAGCUGGAAUUUCAUGAAGCCGGCGGCGGCAAGUAAAAAACACGACCCGGAGCCCCAGGAUAGGAAAAUGGUGCCUCGGAGUGUGUGCAUGAUCAGCGCUGUGAAUAAGAAUCAGCUCCUGUAUUUCUUACUAGCGAAUGUCUUGACUGGCUUCGUGAAUAUGGUGGUCGACACGAUUCACAGCAAUGCAUUUUGGGCUAUGUUUGUCCUGCAUCUAUAUAUGUUUACAAACUGUUUGGUUAUGUAUCUGUUGCAAGCAAGAAAUAUAAUCUUAAAGUGGUGGUAAUUUUAUAUAUACUGUCUAUAUAAAGUUGUAACCGAAAAGAAAAGGUUUUGCCUGCUGGGAUUGCAUUGGUUUUUAUAAGACUUCUCCAUGCAUGCUGGUAUACUGGAUUAUCUAAAGGAAGGAAUGUGGACUAUAGUUGUUUAAAACUCAUGGUCACUUUCGUCUGAUGAACUGUAAUACAUUUCCAUAUGACUGUAGCAUCGGGACCAAAGCUCAAGCUGGAGCCAGAGCCAAUGGAAGGCAGAGCCACCUCAUUCUUGUUUUGUCUUCCUCCUCCAACCUUCUGUGUUCUAUAAAGGGCAACAAUGAGACUAAGGAGGGGCAGGAAGCUUACAGCCAGGGCCAUCCCCUGGGCUAGUUGUAAGAAGGAAGGCAGGACAGGUGGGGGCCGUUUGAGGGAAAACUGAGGUUGGUCACCCUUGCAGACCAGACAUUAAGCUUAUUUGUCUCUUUGUCACAUUGGGAUUCCUGUGCAGUGGGUCUGCACACACACUGAAUGUCUAACAUGCUAAGAAGUGGUACUGAGGCAGAAGGCACUUUGUGCUUGGUGAAGGUUUACAGCAUGUGAAUGGAUCCCUCCAGACUGGUAUUUUUGCAGAUGUAUUCUGCAACAUGUCAUUGACACAAUAAUAGUGCAUUGAUGGUGGAUUUAUACUGGACUGCCCAGACAUCAUUCUGCUUUACUAGUUGUUCUGAGAUGCUUCCCCAAUCAACGUUGCUGCAUUAUUGCCACCUGGAGGGGCACUAUUGUGCAAUAAAAUCAGAACUAAAAAAAACCCCCAAAAUAUUUGUGGCAUUAAAUGUAGCAAGCUUUCUGCCGGAAGCUAUGGGGACAUGCACCAAUUGGAAAUAAAGCAGUAUGUCUGCCAUUUAAGUGCAAAAAGAAUUGAAAGUGAGAUCAUGUAGAACUGCUCCAAUAACAUAAUGACCACAAAUCAGGAAUGCAAUUCAUAAAUGCAUGAUAACAGGAUGCCUGGAAGGGCUAUAAGUCCUUCCACACAGCUACAUUCACCUAUUAUAAUUUAAAAUGUGUUUGUUGUCAAAUGCAAUGGGCAAUCCAAUCAAAUAUAUUUUCCAAAAAACUAAAACUUACAAUGAGGAGUGUCGGAAUCAUUUCUCAUAAAAAAGACAAAUGAAUUUAACUAGAGGCUGUGUGUGAGAGAUAACUGAAAGAGCUCAAAAUAAUUGGAGGUGUACGUUGGAUUGAGUCAACACAAAGUUGAUUAUAAUUUGCAAAUAAAAUGCAUCAAAGCCUUCAAGCAAAUAAAAUAUCUAUAUUUAAGAUGA